AGGUUGUUGUCAUAGAUUUUGGCUUGGCCAACAUUAUCGAGCCAGAGACAAGCCCGGAAGCCUUUCUUUUUACACGAGAAGAAGCAGGACCCAAGUCCACGCGCCGCGGUGGUGCUCGACAUAUCCGCGCGCCAGAAGUGAUCUUGGGCUUGGAUUGGGGCUGUACCGCCGACAUGUGGAGUCUGGGCUGUUUGCUCAGCACGCUCUACACUGGUGAUCGGCUUUUCCCGGUACACGAGGAGAUGGAGCACUUAGCGGCCAUCGAGCAUGUGACAGGCUCCUCUAUACCCAAGCACAUGGCCAAAGGCGUUGCAGAACGGAUCGUGGAGAAAGGAGUUUCCUUCGACGACACCGGGCGGUUGCUUUGGCCUGAAACCUCCGAUGAACAGCAGGCCAGACAUGUGGAAGAGAUGGCGACCGUCCGGGAGUUUGUCCUGGACAGACACCACGACUUCCUUUCCUUCUUAGAAGGCUUGCUUUCCAUCGACCCGGCUUCGCGGCUCACUGCCGAUCGCGCCAUACAUCAUCCCUUCCUGCGGAAGGAGUGCUUAACUGAAGUUGACAGCGACGAAUGAGCCAGAAACCCGAUGUUAGCUCAAAAGGAGAGCGAUGCAGCGAUGCUGACUGGGCAGUCGGGGUAGGGAAAGGGAGUGGCUGGA